AUGUCCACACUGACAGCAGUCUCGCCCCCUCAGGACUGGCCGCUGGAGAAGAUAGAUGGUCCUCCUGGAGCUCUCCCUGCCGAGGGCAGAGAAGCCCAUCAUGGUGGGACACAGGUUCACCUACUAGGUCGUCACCAACCAGUGGGCUACCAGGCCUGGGUGCCUUGCUGGGAAGGCUGGAGGGUGGUGGUCCUCGAGGUCCCUGGCACCCUGCACUGGCAGGAUGUGUCCAUGCAGCACAUGGCCAAGGUCAGCUGCUUCUGUGAGCAGCGCUUCCUCCGUGAGGUGGACGACCUGGCGUGUGCAGAUGUGGACAGAAAGUUCUGUGACCAUGUGGGCAUGGAGAUCCUGUCCUCCCUCUUUGGCACCUUGCAACCCAGUUUCUACUGGGUGUCCCAUGAAGACUGCAGCUACCAGCGCUGGCCAGCUCCCGCGCAGCCCGGCCGGCCGCCCCGAGCGCGCUCUGCUUCCCGGCGGGCGGUUCCUUCGGAAGCCGCUCGGCGCCUCGCCUGGAUGCCCCGGCUCGGGGUCGCGAUGGAGCCCACGGCCGCCACCACGCUCACGGGGCGCUCGCGGCUCCUGCGCCCGCUGUUUCUCCUGCGGCUGCUGCGCGGGAUCACGGCGGCGCCGGCCGGGUGGGUCGCGGGCGCGACGCGCGGCGGAGCGGAGACCGACGCUCUCUUGCUUUCCUACAAUUUCUCCAUCACAUCUCAGGCCAGGCCCGGACAACCGUGGUGUGAGAUUCAAGGCCAGGUCAAUGGAAACGAGUUUCUUUAUUAUGCCUGUGGGAGCAGGUGGGUCAUACCCAUUGGUCCUUGGGGGAUGAAGCUGAAGGAAGCAUUUUGGGACACACAGAUGGAUCCUCUGGAAGACCUGGGGGAAGAGCUCAGAAAGAAACUGCUGGACAUCAAAGCGGAGUUUGUCACUGAGAGCGGGGCGGAUUCUCUCACCCUGCAGGGCUGGCUCAUGUGUGAGCGUGGGGCCGACGGACACAGCAGAGGAUCCUGGCGGUUUGUCUUCAAUGAGCAGUUAACCUGCCUUUUUGACCCGGAGAACAGAAAGUGGAUAGAGAUUCCUCUUGGAGACCGACAGGUUAAGGACAUGUUGGACGGUGACAGAGAGCUGACCGAGCACCUCAUGAAGAUCGCGAAUGGAGACUGUAAGAGAUGGCUCCAGAAACUGCGGGAGCACAGCCAUGAGACGCAGGAGACCACAGGGAACUAGAAGACCGGAUGGAGU